UUGUCUAUUCAUAGCACUUUGUCUCUAUCACCGUCUGUUUGAGUUAUAUUUAUUUUACUACUGUGCUCAUUAACGUAAUUCAAAAUGGACCAAAACGCGCAUUUUGCAGGCGAUGAGGCAGACUAUCCUGGACCAUCAGUUGAGUGUGCAAGCCAAAAGGAGAGAAUUAAAGCCCGUCGCCUUCGCAUAACCGCACGAAAUGAGGCUAAAAAACGACAAGAGUUUGGAGAUUCCUCAGGAAAGGGGGAUGUUAAAGAAGAAGCACGAAAAAGUCAGAAGGAAGUGGAACAAAGUGAGAGGAUUCUGGAUAAAUUAAAAAGUGAUGGCCUAGAGUUGGUGACCAACAUUCAGGUUGCUGCAGACGCCAGAGUGUCAAACACGAGAACAGAGCAAGCGGAGGGAUUUCGACUGAGGAGAGAAAAGGUGGAGAAUGAGGCCAAGUCCAGCCAGGAGAAGUUUGAGGAGAUAAAUCGCAAAUGGACAGAUGCCAAAAUUCCACAAGAUCAGCGAGAUGUUCUGAACAGCCAGCAACAGCUCUGCGACCAGCUCAUAGAGGACAAGCAUAAACUGAUCAAUGAGCUGCAGCAGGAGCUGAAAGCAGGUGAUGAUCACUAUGUGAAAGACCUGAAAAGGCAGGCGAAGGACAUAGACAUGCUGGUUGAGAGGAUGGAGGAACAGAUCUCAAGCCUAAAGAAAUCAUUCAGAGAGAAGCUGCACCAAAUUGAGAACACAUUUGGUGAUGAGAGGAGAGAUUUGUUAACCAAUAAUAGAAAAAAAUGGGAGCAUCAGAUGAAAGAACGUCGUGAUAAAGAGCUGAAGAACAUGGUGGAGGGUUUAAGUCUAAUGGAGGAGCAUGUGGACUUUUUGCAGAGGCUGAGGGUACAGACAGCUGAAGAAUACAAUGUAGACAAAAUCAGACUGGAUACAGAAGUACAGAAUUUAAGAAAGAAGGUCCAGGAGACGAAGUUUACCUGCCAUCUGAAUCAAGAGAAACUUGAAAACAAAUACAGAGUGCUUAAGAAACGCGAGGAAGAGAAUGUCAUCUUAAAAUCCCAAUUAAAGAGGAAAAUCAUUAGAAUGCAGGAUAUUUUGAACAAUCUGAAGUCUAAAUGCGCAGAACAGGAUAAGCAGUCAAAAGUGGAGAGCCAAUCACUGAGGAAUGACAAAGCACGCCUCAAACAACAGUACAAAGACAUGCAGAGAAAAGCAAGACACUUUGCAAUGCUCGAUGCUCAGAGGUUUGAAAAGUUAUGGUUGAUGAAUGAAGCUGAGGUAAAGGCCCUGGCCCACAGGGCACUGGACAUAGACCGAAUGAUUCACGAGCAACAGCUGGGUCUGGCAUGGGUGUGUCCUCCACUCCCCUUCAUGGAGGUUUCUGGACCUAUAGUAAGUAAACAGCAGGCCCUCAGUUCAGCCAGACUAGUUGCUGCAGAAGCCCUGAAAGAAGAGCAGCAGGGGGAGACAAGUGGAAACUUAGUGGAGGGAGCCGAGUGUCUGCAGAACACUGUUGGCCGAGUAGAUAGAAGAACAGUAAAGAAAAUUCUGGAGCUGCUGUGUGACGAGGCGGGGUUUCUUGUAGAGAGUAAACUGCUGAAGCUGUUGUCACAUCUAGAAAAGAAUGAGCAGUCUCUAAUGAAGCUGGAUGCCAUUUUCUCAGCAAUGGGGAUUGACAGUGAAGAGGAUGUGUAUACAAUGACAGAGUUUUUUAUGAAGUACAGACAGCAAAGCAGAGAACAAAAGGAACAGAGGGAGGAAGGUGAGGCAGACUACGAGCUGGGAGAAUCAGUGGAAGAGCCAUCUGAUUUAAUUGAUCCUAAUGACCUUCUAGUGGCUCUGAAAGAUUUUACCUCUCAAUACUGCAAAUCCUGUGAGGUUCAGGAUCAGCAGAGCAGUGUUUUGGGGUUGGACAUGAGAGAUUCCUCUGAGGAUGCAGCAUACUGGGAAAGUAUGGCUAAUGUCAUCCCAGAGUCCAAACUCACACUCUGGAGUGCUCUAGAAACAGCUCUCAACAAGUAUCAUACGGAACUAACUGAAAGGGCUGUGGUACUAGUGGAAACACAGAAUAUAAAACAACAGAAUACUGAGCUCAGGCAGUUACUCCAUCAAUACACAACUUCUAAAGGUGAGUGCACAUGUGUAUUGCAUGACCCUAAGGCUCAGUAUGGUUGUUAAUUUUAAAUCAUCUAACUUUAUGUCCCCUGUUAGGUCAGAGCUGAGCUGGAGAGCCCGCCCCACUAGGAUGAAGCAGUUCCUUAAAGGGAUUGUUCACCCAAAAAUGAAAUUCUCUCAUUUACUCACCCUCAUGCCAUCCCAGAUGGGUAUUACUUUUUUCCUCUGCUGAAAACAAAUGAAACAUAUCUCAGCUCUGUAGGUCUUCACAAUGCAAGUGAAUGCUUUUUGGACCUUCCAAGUUCCAGCCACCACUCACUUGCAUUGUUAGACCUACAAAUUGGAGAUAUAUUUCUAAAAAUCUUUGUUUGCGUUCAGCAGAACAAAGUCAUAUACAUCAGGGAUGGCAUGUGGGUGAGUAAAUGAUGAGAGAAUUUUAAUAUUUGGGUGAACUAUCCCAUUAAUUAAGGGCUGUAAAAGACUUGCCCUGUGGAUGAGUUCAGUCUGGAUGCAUAUUCAUGCCAAUUUGUUACAUUGGUAUACAUUCAUAAAAUUCAAUUUUUAGCUACAGCAGGAUUGAUAAACUCUUUCAUUUGUUGUGUUGCAUGUCAUAACUCGCAUCUUAAAGUGUUAACACCUUUCUCUGUUACAUCUGGCAUUCAGCACUUGCACAUUU